GGCCUGUUCCACUUCGCAGUCGCUGGAAUUGCCGGCAGCGGCAAAUCCUCGCUCAUCAACGCAUUCCGCGGCUUGAAAAACAGUCACCGUGACGCGGCACCCACAGGCGUUACCGAGACCACGAGUGUUAUUACUCGCUACCCCGACCCCGACUCUCGGAACCCGUUCGUGUGGUAUGACGUUCCGGGUGCCGGUACCCUGAAAAUCCCCGACUUCGUGUACUUCAAUUCUCAGGGCUUGUACGUCUUUGACUGCAUUAUUGUGCUUUUCGACGCUCGCUUCACCGACACGGACAUUGCGAUCCUUCGCAAUUGCGAGCGAUUCAAUAUUCCAGCAUACAUCGUACGCUCCAAGUCCCUCCAGCACAUUCGCAAUGUCACGGAGGACUUGGAGUGGGACGAUGAGGAGGAGGAUGAGGAGACCCUGGACGAUGCAGCCAAAUGGGCGCGCGCGCGGGAGAAGUACGACCUCGAGACCCGCGAGAGCGUCAUGCGAAACCUUGAAGAAGCAAAGUUGCCUCCGCAGAGGGUCUAUCUUAUGGACAAGGAGACAAUGGCGCAAGUAAUCAAGGGCCGUCAGCCUCCGAAAGCCAUCGACGAGUGGAUUCUACUCAGGGAUCUUCUCGCCGAGGCUCGUCUUCGACGU